AUUACUCGAAGCAGUAGCUUGAAUGGGAAAAGGAACCAGCUAGUCAUGCAGGAUAAACAAUAAUUGGAUUGGAUGAAGUCGUCGGUAAUAAGCAUCAUUUUUUUCAACUGCAGAUUUAAAAAAUACCACAAAAUAAAUAUUUUAGCAAGAGAAAAAAAUUGAAACUGUUGAUAACAGCUUGAUAUAUAUUGUACACUGUUGGAUGUCUUUCAAUCUCCGGGUAAAAAUGACAAAUUAGGACAUCUUCGUGAUCCUAACCUGAUGACGAAGUGUACAUUAUACGAUAACGAAGAGAGAUGUUUUCGUUCAGAAUCAUUUAUCAAAAUUGUAACAAAAAAAUAAUUCAAUUUUACAAUUUACUUAAUACCAGAUCCGGAGAUGCGUAUCUAGGUUCAGCAAAGUCAAGACAUGGCCUCCGUGUUGUGAUGACUUAAUUGCAAAAUCGAAAACUCGUGAAGAGAAUUUGUUACAUACCUCAGCAUUUAAGGAAUCGAAUCAGUUCAUGUUUAAACAUUUUGCGAUAAGAAGAAAGUUUCUAAAUACUGGUUGAUUACACUUGGUCCUCAUGUCAACCAGGGUGUGACUUCAGAAUGCGUUUAAAGAAAAGUUCCCUGUUUAUUAAAAAGUGAUAGGACUCUCAAACCUAUAAUGACAAAUAGGACAGUAGGAUUUAUUAAUCCACUUCAUUGUUUGAAUACAAUUAGCAUGUUAUAGUUUAUGUCGAAAGAUGCUGAAUAUAAAAAAAUCACUCAAUAAAAGACACGCUCUGUUUUCAUCAAUAUGGAUAUUAUUCCUAUUUAUGAAAGUCAGUGGAAAUGUGUGGAAAGAUGUGACGGCAUGUUACGGUUCAGACGACGAUUGCUCUCGAUAUCAAAUGGAAUGUACGGGCGGGACAACCAUAAUUCUUGGAAAAAUCAUGUACGGUACAAAGAACAACGGGAGACAGGACUGUCAGUACGGUAUAAGCAAUUGCAAGUUGACGGACACGGUCGCAGCUUGUUGCGCUUAUAAUUCUAGCGAUACCUUCACCCCUUUCAGUGCAAAUAACUUGUCGGCAAUUUUCGAAAACUGUGAAGGAAAAUCUGCGUGCGCAGGAUGGGCACCCAGACGGCAAACGACCCCAUUCUCGUCUUACGUUUGGAUGCAGUAUGCAUGUGUCAAUGAGAGAAAUGUUACUGAUAUGUGUAAAAACAACACUAUCUCUGGCAAUGAUUUGUUUAUACGUUUCAACAUGACAAGUAACAAUCUUCUAGACAGUGUAAGCACGUCACAGGACUGCAGUUGCCGAAUAUCAACUCCAAAGUGCAAUGUUGCUAUGACAACCACGCUCGUAGAUCUUGAUUUCCAUCAGCCCCAACUAGAAAUAUCCGCUUCAAAUUCAGAGUCGUCAUCCGCAACAUGUUCAGCUUCAUCGCUGGAACUUUUCACGCAAAACAAGACUUAUGAUUGUCAGAACACACAACUGAACACAAACAGACACACAUUUGAACGAAUGAGUGAAAUAACCGUGCAGUCUCCUGACGAAAUUGUUUCCUUGAAAAAUAUAGGUGCUAGCGUGUUAACCGAUGGACCGAGUUACAUAGUACUUUAUUUCAAAACAAUGCCCUCGCAACCGCUAUUAGUGAAUUGCUUUGAGUCGGGAAUAACGACUUCCAUAACCAACCAUUGUCAAACAACAAUUUCUACUCAGCAACCCUCAGCGGAAGCUUCAACUUUAUCCAUUGCUACUUCAUCCCCUUCCUACAAUUCAUCGCAUAAUACAAGUUUAAGUGUUUCAUCUUCUUCAACAGCAGAACUAACCACAAUGCAGUCACCUUCAACGGAACCUUCCAUCCAGUCCAGUCCAAUCACAUUUUCUACACGUGAUAGAGAAACAUCUGAUUCCACAUCAUCUUCAUCUCAAACCAAAACACUAACAACUACAGAAUUUUCAUCAACUUCAGUUUCACCUACGUUCCCUCAAACAUCACCAUUUACAAAACAAUCUCCAACAUUUUUUCCGUCCACAGAACGACCCAACCGUCCGCUAAGUGACACUCGUCCACAAAAUCAUCAGCCCACGUUCAGUCCCUCAUCACGUCCAGACUCCAUUUCUACAUUAGCAUCCACAAGCACCGCAAUAAUUUCAUCCACGGAAGAAUUCAAGCCUUCCGUAACAAGUGUUGAUACGUCAAAUGUUACAGACAACACUUCAGUCUCACCUAUGACUUCUGCAAUAACUAGCAUAUCAAAGGCAGCAUCUACCUCCACAACAGCUAACGUUACUGGAGCAUCCAUUGAUAAAACUACGUCUUCUGAAUCAAGACAUGGAAACAACACAUUAAAUUACACGACGACCGUUUCAGUUGACCAAAAUGAGAAUACAAAUAUGGAACCAUCUACAGCUAUAGCUGGCGGCACGACACAUUCUUCAGCUGCAACAACGAGAAAAACUAAUGAUGACAAUAAAAACAACAAUGGACUGAUAAUUGGUGUUACAGUAGCUGUUGUUAUUGUGGUGUUGAUCAUUGUGGCUGUUGUUAUGGUGUGUCUAUGUUUGAGGAUUAAAAGAAAGGAGAAAGUACGUAGAAAUUACAUCAGAAAUACGAAUAUAUUUUACUCUUUUCCUGAAGAUUACAGCGAAGCCGGAAAUACACUGUCUGAAUCCUCACCGGAAGCGGAUAGACGAGAACCUUCCUUUUCAAACAUUCCAAGAAGUCAAUUAUACGAAAGUGUUGGGAACCCUUCACCUUCAUCAACAUUAAAGAAAGCGACCAGUCCACUUUAUUUUGAUAACUAUAAAAUCAAAGCAGCCGAUUCAGAUGGGGCGGAUGUUUAUGAAAAAGACACACAUUCAUUUUCUAGAAUGCCGAAUGACAACAGCUACGUUGGUGAAACCAGUAAUGAAACUAUUGACUUUGUGAACGGUGUUGAAAAUGAUGACCCUUUGAAAGUAGAUUCGAAUUCGAAUAUUGAAAAUGGCGGUAAAUCAGUCUCAUUCGAUUCAAGUGUAUAUUACGCUCAAGUUAGAAAAGAAGGAAAAACUAAAUUUUGAAAGACUAUUAUUGACUGUUUUACAUGUUUUGUUUAAUGUUUAUAUAUACAGUCGAAUACCGUUACCUCGAUAUUCAAGGGACUGUAAAAUUUGAUUCGACGUAUCCGAAGUUCGACGUAACGAUAUCGACGAUAUCUGAGACUACUUUGUACUUUUGUCGGACGUCUAUGUUGUCAUUAUAUCCAAUGUUCUUUCCAAAGGGUUUGAAAGGGGAAAGAAAUAAUAUAAAACGAAAAUACGAUUUUAAUCUUAUUGACAAAUAAAACAUCUUAAUUAAAUACAUACAUACAACUUUCAAAAUAUACAUUUAAAUAUUAACAUUUUUAUUCCUUCACUAAACAAGUCUGAAUGCAGCGAUUAUAUUCCUAGUUGAGUAGUCAUUUGACUGUGCUUCGAUAACAAAAAGUUGCCUGUUAAAUACGCAUAUUGUUACUCAAUCCUAAAUGGCAGAUUUUUACGAAGUCAAAAAAAAAUAUUUCAUCCAAAUAAGUUGUUAUAUUGGAAAAUAGCUUUCCUGCUUUUAUACAAACAGUUAUAAAAAUAAAUUUUAUUUUAUA